CCUCCGCUCCCGCCUCCCGCCUCCCCGCCGUUCACAUCUUCACCUCCCAUCCCCUGCCCACCAUGUCCGCCCUCUCCGCCUCCUCCCUUCCCCCACAACUACGCCGCUUCGUCUCCCUCUCCUACCCCGUCGGCGGCGGGCUAUACGGCAAAGGGCGCGACGACUUGCUCUUCGCCACGUCCUGCGCCGUCGUAUGGACAUUUCUUCGGCACGUCUGCAUGAACCACAUCCUCGCGCCGCUCGCAGACGCUGUCAUCCCAGAAGAGAAACUUCCCAAGGGAGCAAAGGGCGCCCUCCUCCGGCACGAGCAGCGGUUAGCUGCCAAACGGCGGCAGCACAACGUUGCACGCUUUGCCGAGCAGGCCUGGGGGAUGUUGUACUGUGGAGUCUUCUUCACGCUGGGCGUGAUCAUUCUCCGCCGUAUCCCAAAUGCGCUCAGCCCCGAGCAGGUCUGGGGCACAUACCCAUACACGCCUCUCCCUUACCUCACCAAAUGGUACUAUCUCGCCCAGCUCGGCUGGUGGUUCCACCAGGUUUACGCCAUCAACACGGAGAAGCGCCGCAAAGACUACUGGCAAAUGUUCGGGCAUCACUUCCUCACGAUCGCCCUCAUUGUCGGCUCAUACGCGGCAAAUUACACACGCGUCGGCGUCAUUGUCCAUGUCAUCAUGGACACGGCCGACAUUUUCCUGCCUCUAGCCAAGCUCCUCCGAUACAUGGACUUGCGUCAGGCAUGCGACGUUACGUUCGUCGUCUUCCUUCUUACGUGGAUCGUGACGCGCCAGGUCGGGCUCUUCCUCGUCAUCCGGUCUGCGUAUGUCGAGGCACCAAAGUACAUCCCUUUCAAGUGGGCGCCCGAGGAGGGCAUCUACCUCACCAAGCCGAUCUACUACGGCUUCGUGGCGCUCCUCAGCAUCCUCUUGGUGCUGUGCACCAUGUGGUUCUACAUGGCCAUCAUGGUUGCCGUGCGCGUCGUGACCGGCAAGGGAGCCGAGGACGUGCGCUCGGACUCGGAGGAGGAGGACGAGAUUUCUGUCGACGGGGACGAGAGCGACGCGUCGAGCAUCGCUGGAUUUGCGAACGGGGUGGCCAGCGGGCGCGCCACCCCAAACGGUAACGGGUACACGAACGGACACGCACACACGAACGGGUUCACCAACGGGCACUCGCCUGCGUCGAGUUUUGGCUCGGCCGCGGGCCUCAAGCACCGCAAGUAGACACCUACAUGUAUCUUUGCAUCGCGCGUCGGGGUGGGCGCACAGACGCGCGCGACGGGACGCGUUGUUGCGCGUACGCGGUGACUCGAGCCGUGUGUGAUCGCGGUGCGGCAUUGCACGGGCCAGCGGCUACGCGGCUGGUUGUGGAUCCGUG